AUGCCAAAGGGAAAGGGAAAGAAGUCCAAGAAGCAGGCAUCGAACGUCUUCUCGAUGUUCGAGCCCUCCCAGAUCCAGGAGUUCAAGGAAGCCUUCGGUAUGAUCGACGCUAACCGAGACGGUUUCAUCGACAAGGGUGAUCUCCAGGCCACCUACGAGUCCCUCGGCGCUUCCUGCCUCGACUCUACCAUGGAUGCCAUGCUUGCUGAAGCUCCCGGCCCAAUCAACUUCACCGUCUUCUUGAACAUGUUGGCUGACAAGCUCCACGGCACUGACUCCGAGGAAGUCAUUGGCAACGCCUUCAAGGUCUUCGACCCCGAGAACACCGGCACCAUCCCCUCCCAGUACCUUGGUGAAGUCCUUACCACCAAGGCCGACCGAUUCUCCCAGGAAGAACUCGAUGUCCUCCUUGCCGCCGCCUCCAAGGACGACCAAGGCAACCUUGACUACAAGGCCCUCGUCUACACCAUCACUCACGGUCAGACCGAUGAGGACGCCGCUGAGGAAUAA